AUGCGGGGGUUUCCGGGGAUGAUUGGGAGUAUUGAUUGCAUGCAUUGGGAAUGGAAAAAUUGUCCUGCAACAUGGGAAGAUCGUUCAUCCGUGUUCGAUGAUGUUGAACAGGGAAAUACUCCAAGAGUGAACUUCUUUGUGAAUCAACGUCCGUAUAAUAUGGCAUACUAUCUUGCUGACGGUAUCUACCCUUUUUAUCCAACUUUCGUCAAAUCAAUUAGACUUCCUCAAAGUGAACCAGAUAAGUUAUUUGCAAAAUAUAAGGAGGGAUGUCGGAAGGACAUUGAACGUGCAUUUGGGGUGUUGCAGGCUCGAUUUAAAAUUAUUUGUGAAUCAGCCCGUUUGUGGGACAUAGCCGACUUGGCUCUCAUCAUGAGGUCAUGUAUCAUAUUGCAUAAUAUGAUUGUUAAGGAUGAACGAGAUACAUAUGCUCAACAUUGGACAUAUUAUGAUCAAUCUAAGGCAAGUGGGUCUAGUACACCGGAGCCAUUCUCAACCGAGGUGCUACCUGCAUUUGCGAAUCAUGUGCGUGCUAGAUUUGUAAUGCGUGAUUCACAUGUACAUCACGAAUUGCAAGAAGAUUUAGUCAAACACAUAUGGGCAAAGUUCGGAAUGUUUCAUGAUUAA